AUGGCUAUCUCGGGGGGAAGUACCGCCUCGGUUCCGAAUGCGAGGCUGUACGGGGAUUCUCCCGUUGCUGUUUUUGGUGUGGUGCGCAGCGCCCAUAAUGGACCGGUUGGACGGUACACAUGGUGGGAAGCUUCGGACAUUUUUACGACAGAUUCAAGCAGUUCGAAGACACAAUUUGCAAUGAUACUUCCACCUCCAAGUGUAACUGGUGCUCUUCAUAUAGGCCAUGGUCUUACUACUGCAAUACAGGAUACAAUUGUCCGUUGGCGGAGAAUGUCGGGCUAUAACGUUCUGUGGGUGCCUGGAAUGGACCAUGCUGGCAUAGCAACCCAGGUGGUUGUGGAGAAAAAGUUGAUACGUGAGAACAACGUAACAAGGCAUGAUAUUGGACGCGAGAGAUUUGUUUCUGAGGUUUGGGAUUGGAAAAAUGAGCAUGGAGGCACCAUCCUAAACCAGGAACGUCGGUUGGGAGCCUCGCUUGACUGGUCUCGUGAGUUCUUCACGAUGGAUGAGGCAAGAUCAAAGGCAGUAACCGAGGCUUUUGUCAGGCUUUACAGAGAAGGUUUAAUUUAUAGGGAUCAUUGCCUUGUGAAUUGGGAUUGCACAUUACAAACAGCAAUAUCUGAUGCUGAAGUUGGUCUCAUGGAUAUCAGAGGAGAGACAUUUCGAAAGGUCCCCGGUUAUGACCAUGAAGUUCAGUUUGGUGUUUUGAUUUCUUUUGCCUAUCCGCUUGAGGGAGAUUUGGGUGAGAUUAUAGUUGCCACCACAAGAGUGGAGACAAUGCUGGGUGAUACUGCAAUUGCUGUUCAUUCUAACGACAAGCGCUAUACUCAUCUUCAUGGAAAAUGUGCAGUCCAUCCGUUUAAUGGCAGAAAGCUUCCAGUGAUCUGUGAUGAUAACUUAGUUGUCCUUGAAUCUGGAACUGGGGCUGUCAAAAUAACUCCGGCUCAUGACCCUAAUGACUAUUUAGUUGGAAAACACCAUAAUCUUGAAUUCAUUAAUAUCUUUACUGAUGACGGGAAGAUAAAUAGCAAUGGUGGUGCAGAGUUUGAAGGGAUGCCACGGUUUACAGCUCGUGUGGCUGUUACUGAGGCACUGAGGGCACAGGGACUGUAUAGAGGAGCUCAGAAGCAUGAAAUGAAACUUGGCAUUUGUUCCAGAAGUAAUGAUGUUGUUGAACUGAUGGUAAAGUCUCAGUGGUUUGUGGAUUGCAAAAGCAUUGCAAAACUAGCUCUCGGUGCAGUGAUGAGUGAUGACAACAAGAAAAUUGAGAUCAUUCCACAUCAGUAUGAACAAGAACUGAUUCGAUGGCUGGAGAAUAUAUGUGAUUGGUGCAUUUCAAGACAACUUUGGUGGGGCCAUCGAGUUCCUGCCUGGUAUGUGACACUUGAAAAAGAUGAGUUUAAAGAUAUGGGUUCUUACAAUGACCACUGGGUGGUCGGAAGAAGUGAGCAGGAAGCAGUUUUGGAGGCAAAGCAGAUCUUUGCAGGGAAGAAAUUUGAGAUUGCACAAGAUCCAGACGUGUUAGAUACAUGGUUUUCAGCUGCUCUUUUACCAUUAUCUGUGCUCGGCUGGCCAGAAGUCACACCAGAUUUUAAGGCAUUCUACCCAACUUCGUUGCUUGAAACUGGACAUGAUGUUCUAUUCUUGUGGGUAGCCCGGAUGGUAAUGCUGGGAAUGAAACUUGGAGGUGACGUGCCCUUCAGAAAGGUUUAUUUGCACCCUAUGAUUUAUGAUGCACAUGGCCAGAAAAUGUCCAAGUCAAAAGGCAAUGUUAUUGAUCCACUUGACUUAAUAAAUGGAAUAUCACUUGAAGGCUUGCACAAGCGGUUGGACACUAGUAAUUUUGACCAAAGUGAUUUGGAAAAGGCAAAAAUGGACCAGAUUAAAGAUUUCCCUAAUGGUAUUCCUGAAUGUGGUGCUGAUGCCCUCCGCUUUGCGCUUGUUUCUUAUACAGAUCAGUCAAACAAGAUUACUCUGGAUGUGCCACGAGUUGUUGGUUAUCGACAAUGGUGUGAUGAAUUAUGGAAUGCUGUACAUUUUGCCAUGACAAAGCUUGGAGACGACUAUUGUCCUCGUGAGAUUCAUACUAUCGAAUCGAUGCCGUUAAUAUGUCAAUGGACACUUUCAGUUUUAAACAAGGCCGUAUGGAAAACUAUAUCAGCUUUCGAGUCAUACAAGUUCUCAGACGCUUCUACAGUCUUAUAUUCAUGGUGGCAAUAUCAAUUUUGUGAUGUCUUUAUUGAAGCGGUCAAACCUUACUUUGAGAACUUAUCAGAGUUUGAAUAUGCUAGAGAAGCCUCAAGGGAUACUCUAUGGAUAUCUCUAGACACCGGUUUGCGUCUUUUACAUCCCGUGAUGCCAUUUAUUACUGAAGAGUUAUGGCAGCGUCUCCCUCGAGCACAAGGAAAGAAAGAAUCCAUUAUGAUAUCAGAGUAUCCAUCAGUUGUGGAGGCAUGGACAAAUGAGGGGAUUGAGGAAGAUCUAGAGAUUGUUAAUGCUGCUGUGAGAAAGUUUAGAUCGCUACGUCCGCAAUGCAACGAGAACAGAAGAUUUCCAGCUUUUGCACUCUGCCGAGGACAUCAUAUCACUAAUAUCAUGAAGACCUAUGAAUUUGAGAUAACAACUCUGGCAUCUGUAUCUUCUUUAAAGGUUCUGGUUGAGAAUGACAUGGCUCCAGCUGGAUGUGCUGAAGAUAUCGUAAAUCAGAACCUGACCGUGUAUCUCAAGCUUGAAGGAACACUUGAUACAGAAACUGAACAUGAAAGGCAACAUCUUUUGACUCAUGAAAGCCCGACAGAAUUUAUAAUUGAUGAAGCUGCACGAGAUACGGAGAGUAUGCUACACGGAGAAAUUGAGGAAAGAACAAUGAUAUCAGUCGGUGAUGAUGAUGAGCACAGUGUUAGACAUUCCAUAUCAGAAAUAUCAGAUUUCAGUACCCUUGAAAUUCCUGAAAUGAAUAUUAUUGAAAAUGAAACGAUCAUCCCAUGGUAUAAGAUUAUGAUCGUGAAACUUAAUCUUCGAUACUCAAAUGCAGCCACCACUUAUGCCUUAUUAGACACAUUUUAUCAAGAUCACGUGAAGAAUAUAAGGAAACAAAGCAUAUAUUAUGGACUUACAUUUCUAGUAAGCUUCAUUUGGGGAUUUAUUCGGUGGAUUUUUGCAAGAGAAGCAGAGUGUGGUCUCCAUACCUUGCCUAUAUUUGGCAGAUUAGCAUUCCAGAAACAGUUCUAUUUUGACUUCUCCAUGACCUAUAUUGGUCUAGGCAUGGCUUAUACCUAUAUUGCAAUUUGUGUUGGGGAUGCUGUUUUUCAGUUAUUUAAAAUGAUUGUGAGAAGUGUUAAAGUCAUAUUACAGAGGGAGUGGUAUGUGCCUGAUCCAGUUGCACUUGCAAUUCCAUUUCUUAGUGAGCCUCACGUUGUCAUUAGCAUGCUCAUAGGACUCACUAUACAUACUAUUUGGAGAAAGUAUCAGAUAGUCCAUGUGGAAAUUCUGGGACCUGCACUUGCUUGGGGUAUUAUAUGUGGAGAAAAACUUUGGGAUUUGCCUGCUGCACUACUUGAACAGAAAGGUCUAAAGCCACCUAUAUGCCUACACGGCUAA